CGCUCUGCCCCGGGGGUCGUUGGGUCUCCGCCCUAGUGAGAGACGGAGCGCGCCCAUGGCGGAGAAGACGCAGAAGAGUGUGAAGAUCGCUCCUGGAGCAGUUGUGUGUGUCGAGAGCGAGAUCCGAGGAGACGUGACUAUCGGACCCAGGACCGUGGUCCACCCGAAGGCACGCAUCAUUGCCGAGGCCGGGCCCAUCGUGAUUGGCGAGGGCAACCUCAUCGAGGAGCAGGCCCUCAUCAUCAACGCGCACCCGGAUGACAUCACGCCCGACGCCGAAGACCCGGAGCCCAAGCCCAUGGUCAUCGGCACCAACAACGUGUUCGAGGUUGGCUGCUACUCCCAGGCCAUGAAAAUGGGAGACAAUAACGUCAUCGAGUCGAAAGCCUACGUGGGCAGGAACGUCGCCCUGACCAGCGGCUGCAUCGUCGGCGCGUGCUGCAGCCUGAACACGUUCGAGGUCAUCCCCGAGAACACGGUGGUCUACGGCGCCGACGGCCUGCGCCGGGUGCAGACCGCCCCAGACACUGCAGCUGGAUUUCUUGAUGAAAAUCUUGCCGAAUUACCACCACCUGAAGAAGACGGUGAAGAGCAGCUGCACACCCGCGAGAAACUGAGGGCCGCAGCCUGGGGGCCCAGCGCCUGUGCCCAGUGGCCCACGGACGGCCCCGUCAGCGACGUAGACGCCCCUGGAGAGGAGGGUGGAAGUCUGUCGUAACUGUCUUCUAUAAUUUAUGUAUAUACUAUCCCCGAUUUCCUUACUCCUUUUCUAGCAGUUUACAGACCUAGUUUUCCUGUGUUAUGUAAAAUACUAACCAAGUUUGGCCCUGUGAAGGUUCCCUGUGGUCAUGAAGUAUGUGGUGACGCUGAACUCCCUCGCAUGUACUCAGCUUAAUAAACGUGCUGAUGGCCUGACUGCA